UAAAUAGAUAUAUAGUGAAAGAGACCAAAUAGACUAUAAGUACACACACAAAGAGAAGGAAGAAGAGCAGAAGAUGGUAGAUUGGGGGCCUGUUUUUGUGUCAGUGGUGCUUUUCAUUCUCCUAACUCCAGGGCUCUUGGUCCAGAUACCUGGAAGAGGCAGGUUCAUAGAGUUUGGCAACUUCCAAACAAGUGGAUUAUCCAUAUUGAUCCACUCCAUCCUCUACUUUGCCCUUGUUUGCAUCUUCAUGUUAGCAAUUGGGAUCCACAUGUACAUGGGUUAAUCAUCCCAAAACACCCUAAAUCUAGUAGUUUAGUAGUCUAUUUGGUCAGGUUUGAAUUCAGGGAUUUUAUUUGUUUUCUUCC